AUGGAUCCUAUCACGGUUUCAGCACCAGGUAAACUGAUUCUGUUCGGAGAACAUGCUGUUGUUUAUAGAAAGAUGGCAAUUUCUUGUAGUGUUGAUAAUCGAACCUUUGUACGCCUGACAUCAACUGAAAAUAAUACCGUCAAUAUUGUGAUGUCAGUUCUUGAUAUUAACCAAAAAUGGCCAAUAGAAUCUCUUCAGAACCUCUUGCAGGAGUUUACAGAGGCUGAAUUAAAUGAUAAACCAACUGCUGUGAUGGAGAAAAAACUGAAAUACUUCUUAAACAUCAAGUCUGAAAUUUUAACAAAGAAGGAACUGGCUCAGGUUCUUUUGUUGUUUCUAUACUUGGGCAUUUGUAAACAAAAUGCAGAUAAUGGUCUUCCAUCAUUAAAAAUUCAAUGUACAACUUACCUUCCACUUUGUUCUGGUUUGGGCUCCUCUGCAAGUGUCUCUGUCUCUGUGUCUGCAGCCCUUCUACAACAACAAGGGCUGAUUAGUUUUCCUUCCAUUGAAGAUUCCGGUGCUUAUUGGUCAGAUGAAGAUUUGGAAAAGAUCAACAAGUGGGCUUUCAGAGGAGAAUGUAUCAUGCAUGGAAAUCCGUCUGGUAUUGAUAAUACCGUUUGUACAUUUGGUGGAAUGAUAGCUUAUGAGAAUGGAAAAACAGAACGUUUACAUGAUCUUCAGCUGAAUGGCUUGAUUGUGAACAGCAAAAAGGAAAGAAGUACAAAGAAAAUGGUUGAAAAGGUCAAGUCAAAAAUUGCACAGGUAAGUAGCCAAUUGACAGCCUCUUUGUCAUGA